AUGGCACCCGAGCGGCCCGCGGGGGAGCGGGGCGAUGCUGCUGGCCCCAGCGCCGACACAGCCACCGGCCCGACGCGUGUCGAGGUUCCUCGGCCCCCCUCCAUCGAGGAGUUCACCAUCGUGAAGCCCAUCAGCCGCGGCGCCUUCGGGAAGGUGUACCUGGGCCGCAAGGCGGGCCGGCUCUAUGCCGUGAAGGUGAUGAAAAAAGCAGAUAUGAUCAACAAAAAUAUGGUUCACCAGGUGCAGGCAGAGAGGGAUGCAUUGGCUCUCAGUAAAAGUCCUUUCAUUGUGCACUUAUACUACUCACUUCAGUCAGCAAACAACGUCUAUUUAGUGAUGGAGUACCUUAUUGGUGGAGAUGUCAAAUCUCUUCUCCAUAUUUAUGGAUAUUUUGAUGAAGAAAUGGCUGUUAAGUAUAUUUCUGAAGCAGCAUUGGCUCUUGACUAUCUUCAUAGGCAUGGAAUAAUCCACAGGGAUUUGAAGCCAGACAAUAUGCUCAUUUCUAAUCAGGGACAUAUAAAGUUGACAGACUUUGGGCUUUCAAGAGUUACUCUGAAUAGAGAAAUAAAUAUGAUAGAUAUCCUUACUACCCCAUCAAUGGCAAAGCCAAGACAGGACUACUCACGUACUCCAGGACAAUUGUUGUCUCUUAUCAGUUCUCUGGGCUUUUAUACACCUCCUGUAGGAAUGAAAGUGCCAGGGCACAAAUCAAGUCAGUCAUCUGACAGUCUGCAUGGAGUGGUUUCUCCUGUACCUAUGGCCCAAAAGGAAAAUACCCCUCUUUCAACUAAAUUAUUCAAAACACAUCUGGAUAAUUCUCAAUUAACACCUGUAAUGCCAGCAAGGAGUUUAACUCCUACUCUGCUUCAGUCAAGAACCAGGUUUGGUUCCUCCAGUGCCAGUACUCAGUCUCACACACACAUGUCCAGUCUGGAAUCAGAAAACCGGAGCAGCCCCAGGUGGGGGAAGGAUGUAGAGCAAAGUGAAGAUGAAUCUCGUUCUACAACAUGCAAAACCAGUAAUAGUGGGUCAGAUGUCCUUUCAAAUGUUUUGUUGCCAAAUAGCAAUGGUAUUGAAGUUGUAAAGAGAAAAGAGCUUGAGUCUGCCAUUUCUCCCAUUUCCAGCAACGAUUCUGGCAGUAGGCAGAAACUGGGAAGUGAACGUUUGGCUAUAACAGAUACUCCCGUGAGCACUCUGGAUGUGAAAGGUGUAGUAAGAAAGUGUAUUUCUGAAAAUAAGAUUUGGAAAGAAAAAUUUGUAAAUAAAAGAGAUAUGACUUAUGAAACACCAGAGACUUCCAGACUACGACAGUCACUUUCAAUGCAAAAUGAUCCUGUCAAAGAGGAAGAAAUGUUUGAAAAGCCAGGUGUAAAAAGAAGCUUUGAAUCAGUUGACACUAGUCCUUGUCAGGAACUUAAUUAUGUUAAAAAAAGCAAUGCAGAAUAUAAACGUGGCUGUCAGAUCUCAGAAUUUCCAGCAAACAAAGGGACAGGUUUGACAACAGAAAUUCAAUCCUUAAUGCUUUGUAAAGAUGGAUGCCUAUGUGACACCUGCAAAAGCAAGGAAGAAAUAAAGAGUUUUAUUAGUAACCAGGAAACAGUAGAAAGAUCACUUACUCCAACUGUAGCUAAAAAUCUUAUGUGUGAUCUGGAUGCAGACUGUGGAAAUGAUGAUGAAAAGGAGUACAUGAACUCAAGUUUUUUAUGCACUGAUGAUGAAAAACCUUCAGAUGUCUUCAAUGCAGAUUCUGACGUACUUCCUGAAGUGUCUGUUACAGAAAGCCAUCUAGAAAAACAGCUUUUAGAUUUGGACAGAAGUGUUAAAGACCUCUCCUUUGAGGAACCAAAGCCUGAGGGUGUGCUAAUAACAUCACCAGAGUCCCGAGAUGCCUCACAGAAUGGAGAGGAGGCACAUACAGUCCAGGACUGCAAUCAGAAAAAGGAUAAUGACCAGAAACACAUGGAAGAAACUUACCUUGACACAGUAUCUUCUCCUCCAGAAAAGAUGAUGGAAGCACUGAGUCUCUUUAAAAAAAAUGCUGUUGUUUUUCGGAGUUAUAAUAGUCCAAUCAAUGUAUCCAAUAUAUCUGAGCCAUGCAGCAUGACUUCCUUAGAUAUAAUGGAUCUUUCACCUGCUUGCAGUGGCUCUUACCCAACAGCUAUCACUCCAUUACAGAAAGGAAGAGCAUAUCAGAUCUAUCAGACCCCUCUUCGAGGGGAUGCUGGCACACCAUACAGGACUCCAAAGAGUGUUCGAAGAGGAGCUGCCCCCGUGGAAGGUGAACGCAUCCUGGGGACCCCAGACUACCUGGCACCUGAGCUGCUUUUGACACAGCCUCAUGGGACUCUGAUCUCUGGUUCUGCUGUAGACUGGUGGGCACUUGGAGUUUGUCUGUUUGAGUUUCUAACUGGAAUUCCACCUUUUAACGAUGAAACACCAACACAGGUCUUCCAAAAUAUUUUGAAAAGAGAUAUUCCCUGGCCUGAAGCUGAAGAAAAGCUGUCUGAUAAUGCCCAGAAUGCAAUAGAUAUUCUUCUAACAAUUGACACUACUAAGAGAGCUGGACUGAAGGAACUGAAGCAUCACCCCCUCUUUCACGGGGUGGACUGGGAUAAUCUCCAGAAUCAAACGAUGCCAUUUAUACCUCAGCCGGAUGAUGAAACUGACACCUCUUAUUUUGAAGCUAGAAACAAUGCUCAGCACCUGACUGUGUCUGGAUUUAGCUUAUAGCAUCAAGAUAAGUGAACGUUCUCCAUGGUUUUGCACACUUACAGGUGUCUUGUAAACCCUAGUUUGGUCUUGACUAAGUUUCCUUGCUGAAUUUAGUGUGUUUCAAGUUACCAGUCUAUUUUUAUUAUAGCCUCCUUUAUUCUAAAGUGAAACUACUGUAUGAAACCAGUAUCAAGUGCCUUCAUGCUACUUUUUAUUUCACUGCACCUUACUAAGAGGCCAGAGCAUUGCGUUUCUUGGAGCUAAUAACUCUUGGCAAUAAUGGGGCUUUUUAGCAAUGAAUUAUUCCAGUUAGGAAGUGUGGCAUUAUUUCCCAGCUAAACAUAAUAGGGAAAGGAUAAAAACUGCAAUUGUAUCUAAAUAAUAACUUACCUAUUGGUGGCUUCAGUGUGGUGGCAAGCUGGUUUGGGAGCAGUCCUUUCUGACCAGUGUGAAUACCUAUUCACUGUGCAAAAUGGUCAUUUCUAUUCAAGGUGGAAAAUUGAAAUCUCAGUGCAGCAUUGAAAUGUCUUGUCUUCUGUUUGUCUUAUUCCCAAGAAGGGAUGAGAAGAUACAGUGGUGUUCCAGGUUAAUUUGGCUAGAAGUGGCAUGUGAGACUGGCAGGAGUUCCUCUGGUUAUUAUCCUGUUCUAGAGAAAUGGGGCAGGGAGAAGAUACUUGGGACAAGUCUGUUAAACAAAUGCUCUCCUCGAGUUGUUGUGUUGUAACCACUUGGGCUGUAGGAAGCUGGACUGAACAUACAUUUUAGCAGUUCCUGGUUUUAUAUUGAAAAUGCGCAGUGUUUGUAUGUGCUCACUUGUGUCAGGUGACAGGUGGUUUUUUGUAUUCUAGCAAGCAGUAUUCAUACUGAAGCUGCCAAAUAUUAAAAACCAUAAUAUAUUGUAGGCUAACAGACUGUUUUGUAAACUCACAGCCAGAGCUUGGGAUUUUGACUAGAAUAUGAGAUAGAAAUGUAUAUUCUGUAUAAACCUGAGUUAGGGGGAAGUAGAUUUAAAUUUUUCUUUAAAUGCAAUACAAAAUUUGUGGCUGCUAGGUUUUAGAGGUUUAUUUGUAGAUAAUCCUGUUUAAAUAAUCCUCAAUAUUUUUCUUGCAUAGGUAUCUCUAACCUAAGGAAGAUUUUAAUUUUUCAGGUUAAUACAUGUUAGAUCAUUUGUGCUAGAUGGUAUUGCCAGCCAAGGGCCACAUGCCAGAAGCCAAGCAUUUUGCCAGUGAUUUCUGCCAAGUGCCCUUUGAUUUCAUGAACUGACUCUUUCUGUAGCGAUAGUGAGUUGUCCCUUCAUUACCCUGCUUCCUGGAAGACAAGAUUUAUUGGUGGAAUUCUGAGCAAAUAGUGUCUGCCAGGCUUCCUGCUGUCCCCUCAGGUUGCUGGGAAAGGAAUGGGAAUGGUGAAGAAAAAGGAAGUUUCCUAGAAAGACCUAAAGAGAGCUGAUGCUUAAUAGAUCAGAAUGACCAAUCCCAGCUCUUGGUAUGAUAACUCAAAUUUGGCAAGUUUCAAAACAUACAGCGAAUUUCAUUCCCUUUGCUACAGACUAUAGUUUCAGAAAACUUCUAAAUUGUUCAGUCUAACUGCAAUUGUUACAUGAUGGAAAAGAUGCAAACAAAUUAAUGCACUACUGAAGCAGUAUUCAUAGACCACAUUCUCUGAAAGUGCUGAGAAGUUCUUUAGUGGUUUUCCUGUGUACAGUUAGAAUAUAUAAACUGGGGUAGGAGGAUACCUUAAUCACUGGUAUUUUAUGCAAUUUAUUCUUCUAUUUCUAGUAAUCUAGUUUAAGAAAGCAAGUCUUACAAGAAUUAACUAUGAUUACAUGUCAAGGAAAUAAUAUAAAUUGAACAUCACAACAGCUCUUUGUCUUGAGUGCUUUACCUGUUCCCACUUGGCAGUUUAACACAUUGCCAUCAAGGUGGAAGAAACUUGUUGCACUGGUAUAA